AAAAAAAAGAAAAAAGAGAGACAUUUAGUUGUUAGUUCAACUGCUCAUAUAAAAUGAUGGGGAUUAAUCCUUUUCACACAUGGCAAUGAUGUAGAGAUAUCCAGACCAUCCAAAUAAUUUGAUCCUACUGUAGAUGGAGAAUAUUUGUUCAUGUACCCACAUCAGACAAUCUUAACCAUCCGUAAAAGGGCCUCUAUGUGUGCGAUUGAGGAUUUAUGAAUGUUGUCAAUGGUGCAAAACUCACAUUUAAACACAAUGCAUUAAAAGUUAAAACUAAUGGAUUUUGAAAGAGGGACCCUAAUACUUAACGGCAAGCACCCCUCCAGUCCCAAAAGUUGUUUUUUCGAUUCCUUGAUCCACAAAGCCAUUGAAGAAGAGAUUUUGGCCGAUCAAUUGGCCUUACAAGAAGGUCCUUUUGUUUUCAAGAGUAUUGGAGCUCAAGCGAAGCUCAAUAUGGCAACUCUUAGAAACCUGAAAAUCAAAACUGGUACAUGCAAACGCAUCCUUAAAGAACUUCAUUCUUAUGAGAAAGAGGUUGAGAAAGAAACUGCAAAAACUGCAGACAUGAAAGAGAAAGGAGCUGAUCCUUACGAUCUUAAGCAACAGGAAGAGUUGAAGGAGUCGAAUCAGCAAGGUCCUGAGAUUGAGGAAGCUCAAAGCAUUAUUGCAGAGGUUGAAGCAUUGUUUCAAAGCACUGAAGGUUAGCAGUUCAGUCAACUGUUGUGGUUGGUGGCUUGAUCGCCGUUGCUUUGGGUUUUGUAUCUUGUUCUAGUCUUUUUUCAGAGGCUAGCAUGCACCACUUCACUCUGCAGAUGGAUUUGUAGCCAUGCAGUUUUGGAUUUGGCUUCUAUUUGUUUUUAAGUAUACAGCUACCUUAUACGAUAAUUGAUGACGGUGCUUGCCAUCUUUGCAGGGGUUUACUCUC